UAAAAAGGCUGAUUAAUGCGUGUCCUUCGGGUCAGGCCGGCGCUGGGUUCCGUUACCUCGACCUCUUCCUUGCCCCGGGCGGAGCCCGCCCUGGCCCGGCAGCCCGCGCGGGAGGGCCGCCGCCCUGCCGGGGAGUUUCCUCUUCCUCGGGCAGCGCGGCCGGGGCGGGAGGAGGAGGAGGAAGGGGAAGGGGCAGGGGCCGAGGCCGGGAAGGCUCCAGCGCGGCCGCCGCCGUCGCUGGUGCGGCAGGGGCGGAGCGGCGCGGGAGGCGGCGCCAGCGGCCGGCGGGGCCCGGAGUCACCGUGUCACGGCGCCCGGGAAGCCGUCGCCGCCGGAUCCGCCCCCCGUAGGGCGAGCGAGGAGGCAGGAGGAGGAGGAGAAGGAGGAGGAGGAGGAGGGAGGCCGGCUCUUCGCCGCCUCUUGUGUUUUCGCCCCCUUCCCGGCCUAGCCCCGGCCCCUCUCCUCUCACACCGGGGCGGCGGCGGGGGGCGAGGCCGCAGCGGCGCCCGAGCUGCCCGCGGGAGCCCUGGGACGGGCCUGGGCCGCCGUCUCUGGACUAGGAUGUCCCGACAUGAAGGUGUCAGCUGUGAUGCAUGUUUAAAAGGAAAUUUUCGAGGUCGCCGGUACAAGUGUUUAAUUUGCUACGAUUACGAUCUGUGUGCAACUUGUUAUGAAAGUGGUGCAACAACAACAAGGCAUACAACUGACCAUCCAAUGCAGUGCAUACUAACAAGAGUAGAUUUUGACUUGUACUAUGGUGGAGAAGCCUUCUCUGUAGAGCAGCCACAGUCUUUUACUUGUCCUUAUUGUGGGAAAAUGGGUUAUACGGAAACAUCUCUUCAAGAACAUGUUACUUCUGAGCAUGCAGAAACAUCAACAGAAGUGAUUUGUCCAAUAUGUGCAGCAUUACCUGGUGGGGAUCCGAAUCACGUAACAGAUGACUUUGCAGCUCAUCUUACACUGGAACACAGAGCUCCUAGAGAUUUAGAUGAAUCCAGUGGUGUUCGGCAUGUACGUAGGAUGUUCCACCCAGGCCGGGGUUUGGGAGGCCCCCGAGCUCGUAGAUCAAACAUGCACUUUACUACCAGUUCUCCUGGUGGGCUUUCGUCUUCUCAGAGUUCGUAUUCUCCAAGCAAUAGAGAAGCCAUGGAUCCUAUAGCUGAGCUUUUAUCCCAGCUAUCAGGUGUGAGGCGUUCUGCAGGAGGACAGCUCAACUCCUCUGGCCCUUCUGCUUCUCAAUUACAGCAGCUGCAGAUGCAACUGCAGUUGGAACGGCAACAUGCACAGGCAGCGAGACAGCAACUGGAGACUGCACGCAAUGCAACCAGGCGCACCAACACCAUCAAUGUCAACACCACUAUGACACAAUCUACAACAACAACCAACACAUCUAACACAGAAAACAGUCAGCAGACUAUCCAGAAUUCCCAGUUCCUUCUGACAAGGUUGAAUGAUCCAAAGAUGUCAGAAGCAGAGCGUCAGUCGAUGGAGAGUGAACGGGCAGACUGCAGCCUGUUUGUUCAGGAGCUUCUACUGUCCACCUUGAUGCAGGAAGAAAGUUCCUCCUCAGAUGAGGAUGAGCGGGGGGAGAUUGCAGAUUUUGGUGCUAUGGGCUGUGUAGAUAUUAUGCCUUUAGAUGUUGCUUUAGAAAACCUAAAUUUAAAAGAGAGUAAUAAAGGAAAUGAGCCUCCUCCACCUCCUCUUUGAUGACAUCCCACUUUGCAGACAAUGUCCUCUGUGCUGUAUUUGCCAAUGAAAGUGGACAACAACUAUCUUGGGUUUGUUUUGGUGAUUGUAAUUUCAGGUCUGUCACUCUUGUUACAUUGUGUACAUUCAAAAGAAAGAGAGAAAAGAUAUAUAUGAUAAUCAUUUCCACUUAACUAAUUUUUACUUCUAGCAGGUAAAUGUAGGUUGCAGUGCAGAGCAGAUGGCUCUGUGUCCUGUACCUUGACAUGCAAAAGGCUCUCCUAAUACUCCACAUUCAAACUGAAGAGGAAAAAAAAUGAAAAAUCUCUAAUGAAGCUGCUGUGUGUAUUUAUGAAUAUUACUGAAUAAAAACUGCUUGGAUGGUUUACCUUAA